GCUGGUCUGUCCUUUCUUGUUAGUUUGUGUCGACUCUGGGCGGUUCCGUCCUGACUUGCUCAACUUGAGAGGAAGAAAGCACGCCAACCAACAAACAUGACGAAACAUGGCGCCGGCCUUUAGCGAGAGACACGGUUAAAAACAAUAUGGCGAACUAAACUAAAAGUCAGUGAAGUUUUACAGUUGUUUUACUCGUGUGCGCCAACACAAGUUAGCAAGGCGGGCUAAACACUGCAAGUUGCUUACAUGUCAACGUUGUCCCUCACCGCGGUGUAAACAGCCGGAGCACGUCCAGCCAUGAUAGAGGACAAGGGUCACCGCGUCACCGACUACUUUGUGGUGGCCGGGCUGACAGACAAGUCAGCACUGCUGGAGCACGACCUCUCUGAGGCCAAGUCAAGUGGGCCCAAGGCGCCCAUCACCGACCUGGCUGUCAUCAACAGGUCGUCGGGUGAGGUGGUGCCUGAGGGGUUCACCUGCAUCGACAGCACUCCCAGCGGCCAACUGGCCAACCUAAAUCACGGCAGCCUGAAGAGCCCCGAGCUCUUCCUGUGCUACAAAAGGACUCGUGGAAAGCCACCUCUCAUUGACGUUGGCGUUCUCUACGAGGGAAAGGAGCGUCUGAUACAGGGUUGCGAAAUCAUCCAGGCCACACCGUACGGCCGUUGCGCCAAUGUCAACAACAGCUCUGCCACCUCACAGCGCAUCUUCAUUACCUUCCGCCGUGCGCCUCCCGUCCAGCCCCAGAACUCCCUGGCGGUGACCGACAUAUGUGUAAUCGUCACCAGCAAGGGCGAGACACCACCGCAUACAUUCUGCAAGGUGGAGAAGAACCUCAACUGUGGCAUGUGGGGCUCCAGUGUGUUUCUCUGCUAUAAGAAGUCGGUGUCAGCAUCAAACUCCAUCACUUACAAAGCGGGCCUCAUCUUUCGCUACCCAGAAGAAGACUAUGAGUCUUUCCCCCUGUCAGAGUCUGUUCCUCUAUUCUGUUUGCCCAUGGGCGCCAAGAUUGAGUGUUGGGCACCAAACACCCGAGACCCGUUGCCCAUCUUCUCCACGUUUGUCCUGACCAUCAGCUCCGGUGAAAAGGUGUACGGGUCGGCCAUCCAGUUCUAUGAGCCAUACCCUGUGGAACAUUUGAGUGAGAAACAGAAGGUCCACUUAGGCCUGCUUACCACUGUGGAGAAGAAAGAAAUCCCCAACCGGCCAGUGAACACCAACAAAUGCAUCUGCCUGCUCUCUCGCUGGCCUUUCUUCGAGUCCUUCCGCAAAUUCCUUAUGUUCCUGUACAAGUUGUCGGUCUCCGGCCCGCACUCUUUGCCUAUUGAAAAGCACAUUUCACACUUCAUGCACAAUGUGUCCUUUCCUUCACCUCAAAGGCCUCGAAUCUUGGUCCAACUCUCUGCUCAUGACACCUUUAUCCUCUCUCAGCCUGUGUCGACACCUUUACCCCUCAGUGGCGCGGACUACAGCACCCUCUUGAUGAAUCUGGGCUCCGAGAACUGUGCCACGCUUCUUUAUUUUGUCCUGCAGGAGAACAAGAUCCUGCUGCACUCGCUCCGACCAGCAGUGCUUACAGGCGUUGCAGAGGCUGUGGUGGCGAUGAUCUUCCCCUUCCAGUGGCAGUGUCCCUAUGUCCCCUUGUGCCCGCUCUCCCUUGCGGGGGUCCUCAAUGCACCUGUUCCUUUCAUUGUGGGUGUCGACUCCCGCUACUUCGACCUCUACGACCCACCGCCGGAUGUUGUCUGUGUAGAUUUGGACACCAACACCAUCUACUUGUCAGACGAGAAGAAGCACAGCAACUUCAAGAACCUCCCAAAGAAGCCCUGCAAGAGCCUGGUCAACACUCUGAGCAAUUUGUACCACCAGCUGGCCACGGUUUCAGUCCGUCCGACAACGCAGACGGGCGUGGCGGUGGACAUGACCCCUAUCGAGGCAGACAUCACUUGGCACAAAAAGAAGACGGCCCUGGAGAUGGAGAUCCAGGAGGCUUUCCUGCGCUUCAUGGCUUCCAUUUUGAAGGGCUACCGCUUCUACCUCAAACCAAUCACCCAGGCGCCCUCUAAGAAGGCCACAGCCGCCGACUCCCUCUACGACCUGCAAGGUUUUCUCAAAAGCAGAGAUCGUGCUCACCAGAAGUUCUACUCGCAGCUUACCAAGACCCAAAUAUUUAUCCGCUUCAUCGAGGAGUGCACUUUUGUCAGCGACAAGGACACCGGCUUGGCCUUCUUCGACGACUGUGUCGAGAAGCUUUUCCCCUCUGAUAAACUCACUGACAAAGGCACCAAGGUGGAAGGAGAGUCAUCAGAGGACACCAGACUGCUUGAACUGGAUGAGUCGCAGAAGAGCGAGCACACCGUCUUUGUGAUGCCUCCUGAACCUCCGCCUGACGGUGAACAUGAGGCGCCAAAACGAUACACUUACAAGUGUUUCCCCCGGCUAAAGAUGGGGCUGUUUGACCGUCCUCUGGAGCUACGGCCUGCAAUCAGCAGAGGAACAGCGGGGGCCAGUCUCUCCAGCAGCCCUGCUCUACUAGCCAAACGUACCAAGCAGGAGAUCAAACUGGCGUACAAGAUGGCAAAGCGCUUCUACUCUGAUCCCCAGCUGUGGUCCCGCUGUCUGUUCAGCCACUGUUACAGCCUGUGGUUCAUCUGCCUGCCAGCCGCACUCCGCCUGGCCAAGUCUAAGAGUCGCGCCAUGCAGCAGGCGUACAAUGUCCUCUUAAAGAUGAGAACGACUGAGGUGGAGGUGUUGGAUGAGGUUUGUUACAGAGUGGUCAUGCAGCUCUGCGGCAUUUGGGGUCUUCCUGUUAUGGCUGUUCGAGUGCUGGUCGAAAUGAAGAAAGCUGGCGUCCAUCCCAAUGCCAUCACAUACGGUUAUUACAACAAGGCGGCCUUAGAGAGCCCAUGGCCGAGCAGAAAUCGUAGCGGACUUUUUAUGUGGACCAAGCUUCGCAAUGUGCUGCGCGGGGUGGCUCAGUUCAAGCAAGCUGUCAAGCAAUCUUCAUCCAGGAAGGCAGCAACAUUGUCAAGCACAGGAGGUCCAUCCUCAAACCGUUUGAGCAACUGCAGCGCGGACAGCACGGGAGACAUGGAGGAUCACCUGACCGGAGGCAAGCUGUGUCAAACAAGUAGCCAUUACGAUCAAGGCUACGGCUCCAAGGAUGAACUGCAUCAGGAACUUUCCGAGUCAUCACAUACAGCUAUGCUUGCGACUGCUGAGAGAAGCAAAGCCAAAGUACAGCAUAAUGGAGGAGACAUUUCUGGAUCAGUGGACAGUGCUUUCGCAGUGGCAGAGCCUCCUAGUCCUGUGGACGCUCCAUUGCCUGUCCAAAGUAUAGUGAGACUGUCCACAGGAAGCCUUGAUGCUGGCAGGGAAUCAGGAACGCUGUUUCGAAGGAAAAGCAAGACCGAUAACGUGUCUCUCCCUGAUGACGGUGCCUCGACGGAAGAUGGUAAACUGACAGCCCAACCUCAAAAUCAGCGACAGAAAGCCUUUGCCGAGCGCAGCCGUAGCUUUAGUGCUGAAACACGGGCCGGUAUGCUCUCGGACAAAGGCGUGGACCACAUGGCGAGCCAGCUUGGCGCCGACGCCCGCAUCCUUGCCGCGGCUCUCUCCGCUGCCCAGACCCUUACCCCUUGCGUGUCCAAAGCCCUCUUUCAGGACCUGGAGGAAGAGCCGGAAGAUGAUCAGGGACUGUUUGUUGGGAAGCUACCUGAUGAAGAAGCAGCAUCAGAGAAAGGAAAAGUAUUUGAGGUAAAGGUGGAUGGAAAAAAAGAGUCUAUUGAGAAGCGCGAGAGGAAACGUACUGAAACAAGUGAGGUGGAUGUGGGGGCAGACCCUCUUUCCCUCCUGAUGUCAGAAAGCGAAGAGUUGGCGUCUGUCACUAGCCAGGAGCCUCCUCGCUCAGUACCCCCUGUGGUGUCGCGCAACUUGGCCGAGGAGAUUGAAAUGUACAUGAGCCUGAAAAGCCCGCUGGGCAACAAGUCCUCCAGCAUGGAACUCAAGCAGCCAGAGGGCGAGUCCGCAGAUGCACCGCACUCAAAACAACCUUUUGAGCGCAGAUCCAGCCUUCCCGCUCCUGUGCCUCAAACACAGACUGGGUCACCGGCAGACACACCGAAACGGAGCCCCUCUACUGUCACGCGCUCCAAGACGUUUGCGGUAAAGUCGAAGCCUGCUGUCAACAAGGCCACUAGUCCAGCUGUGAGAUCGUCUUCACUGACGGCGCUCGUCAAGUCCUCCCAGGGGUCCUCACUGGGGUCUGUCAUCAACUCCAUCUCAGGCAUCAAGAUGGACAACUUGUUGUCUGGGCCUAAAAUUGACGUGCUCAAGUCUGGAAUGAAGCAGGCGGCCAAUGUGGCCAGCAAAAUGUUGGUGGCCGUUGCUACAGCGUACUCGUACUCAGACGAUGAGGAAGAACAAGGUCCAAGUGGAGGGGGAUUCCCUGCACACCUGGAUGAACACAUGUUGACAGAUGUAGAUGACAUUGUCGAGAGCGGGGCCAUCCCAGGUUUGCUAGCCAAUGGUCUAAACCAGAGCUGCACCAGUAUUGGCGGCGGCAGCAGCAGCAGCAGUGAUACUGGAAGAGGGACGCAGCUAACACAUGCAAUUCCGGGGCGAUCUGCCAGGGCUCCCGACUCUGAGCAAGGCUCCUCACACCACGCCUCCUCUUCCAGCAUCUUCCAGAGUCACGCACUGGAGGUGCUGAUGUCCAGCUGCUCCCAGUGUCGUUCUUGCGAUGCCUUGGUGUACGACGAAGAGAUCAUGGCGGGAUGGACGGCCAACGACUCCAACCUCAACACCAGUUGUCCGUUCUGUCGUGAAGCCUUCCUUCCUCUGCUGCACAUAGAGUUUCAUGACUUGCGUGCGAUGACCGGCUUCUACAUGAAUCCCAGUGCUUCAGGAGACAGUAUUCACAGCACUGGUGGACAACCCACAGCUCCCAAUGACAUGAAGACGCAGGACCUCAUUGAUUUCCCCACAGAAGAGCCAAGGGAGACUCUGGCUACCUCUCUUGGAACCCAUAAGAGCCUAAUUCCAGAGCCAGUGCAGUCUGAUCCGUUGGGCCUACUGGAGCACCAGGCGUCAGCCAAGACGAGCAGUGGCACGUCUCUCACACGCAGCAAUAGCGUCGGCGGCCCUCUACAGGGCCUGGACUCGUAUCUUGGACCCGGCCACGGCGUCUCUACCACCAGUCUCCCCUGCAGCCUGCAUGAAGUGUCGGAAGGAAUGACCGCAACAAGGCCAAACCCCAAGCCUGUGUCUGUGCCGUACCUCAGUCCCUUGGUGCUGCGCAAAGAACUGGAGACCCUCCUGGAGAAUGAGGGAGAUCAGGUCAUUUACACCCACAAGUUCCUUAGCCAGCAUCCAAUCAUCUUCUGGAACCUUGUUUGGUAUUUUCGUCGUUUGGACCUUCCCAGUCACCUACCCGGCCUCAUCCUGACCUCUGAACACUGCAACAACGGAGCACAGCUUCCACUGACAUCACUAUCCCAGGACAGCAAGCAAGUAUACAUCCUGCUGCUGUGGGACAACAUCAACCUACACCAAGACGCAGGAGAACCCCUCUACCUGCUUUGGAGGACAUUACUGGACAAAAAGGGGACGUUGGCGCCAACGGACCAUCAGGAUAUUCGCACGCUCCUCAACACCAUUGUCCGCAACAUCCAGACCAACGACGUAUACGGGCCUAUCAACCUGCUGAUCCGAGAGAGCAAACGGCUUCCGGAGGGCAUUAAGCGGCAGAGGAGUAUUUACAGAGAAAUUUUAUUUCUCUCACUUGUGGCCUUGGGACGGGAAAACAUUGACGUCGAGGCCUUUGACAGGGAGUACCUGCUGGCCUACGAGAAUCUGAGCAAGGAGCAACUCAAAUCUCUGCACCACAUUGACCGGCCGCCCAGCGCCAACGUGCAGUGGUGCCUCAAAUGUUUUGGCGCCCCUUUCAUCUAGUAUGUUACUAUCGGGACACCACGGUACUCCGAAUGGUGAUGCCACUGUUGGCCUUAAAUUUUAUGUGUAGCGUUUGUUGUUCUUACUUUUCCUAAGUGUCUUAUAGCCUGACACUGACUGUUAGUGCACUUUCUGGAAAACAAAAAAACACCUUCAUAACUCGUGUACAUGUUGGUUUUUUUGUUGUUGUUUUUUUUCUUUUUUUUUUUUAGGAGGAGCACAUUUUUUGUAACUUUUCUGGUUUGUCGGCUUUGAGUCUUAAUGAAUGUUAGUACCUUUCUUGGUGGCAUGUACAGGUGCAGAUUUAGGACCUCUGAUUUGUGUAAAUAUGUGUGCCAGCAGCACAAACGGAACAGAAUGAAGUCACAGACAAUCGCUACUUCAAAAGCAUGGUGGCUGUUUGCCUUUUAUAUUAUUCACUCCUGCUGUUCAUGACUCAGUUGACGUGUUAUUUUAUUUUAUUUUAUUUUUUUUUUACAGUUUCAACACAACAACUUUGCUCGGAGCUUUUCACUACUGCUGUUUAAUAUUUGAAAACAUUCCACUGAAAAAUGGACAAAAUACAACGUCCAAUUCACCCACCAGUCUUAACUUGUUUGUCCCUCCAAAACAAACAAACUUAAAGAAAGGAGUUUCUCUAUUUAUUUUUGUAUUAUUGACAUGCAGUCAGUGUUUUUAAUGACUAAUAACCCUUUUAAUGUGUCAUGAAAGAUUAAAACUUGUAACAAUUAAUCAAAAAUAGUGAUUCUCACCGUCCUGUGGAAAGGAAUGAAAUAUGUACACAGAAAUAUGCUGCAAUAAAACAAGUAUGUGACCAGA